AUGACUGUGGUUACAGACAUUGUGGAAGACGAACAGAAUCAUGCAAUCCCGCUCCAAAUGCUAAGCGAGAAGCUCCGCUGCCAGGAUGGCUCUGUUGAUAGAGGUCAGAUUUUGCUUGUGAUGGAGCCUUACUUGACUUUGACGUUUGAUGCCGAAUACGGAGUCAAAGUUGAUCACGUUUCUGGUAUCAUGUUCAUCCCAAUGUUCGGCAAUAUGGUCCCAUCAGCUUGGCGAGAGCGGUUCCCAGAGGAUGAAAGCUCUCAGUGGAUGGCUGGGGAUUGGCUAAGCAUGGGUAUUGAGUAUUUCAACCAGGGCGAAUUCUAUUCUGCCACUGAAUAG